GCUCCUCUCCAGGCUCCUCUCCAGGCUCCUCCCCAGGCUCCUCUCCAGGCUCAUGCAGUGCGUGUGUAUAAUCAUGAAUUGCCACAAACCUCUGAGGAUGUUUCCACAGAAGAAUCUGACACAUUAACGUCCCCUCCGAGCCUAUCUGGUUUUAGUCUGGCUUCCAAACCGCUGCCAGAUGAUGUUGAAUCUGACUCAGACAGUCUGAGAUACCAGAGACUAAAUGACACGUCUUGGCUGACUGACAGCAUAAUGGAGAAAGUAACAGAGCACCUUCCAGAGAGAAUGAGACCGCUGUCAGUCACCAAAGAGAAGCUGCCUUGUAAACGAUUCACAGAACAUCACUCUAGCAGCAUCCCAGUGCAGCCAUCCUCUGAACCCAUCAAGGUCAUGAAAUCGACUAUCACAGAGGUUACAGCUCCACUUUCAGGUUAUGCUCUGGCUGAGGCAGAGGCCUCUCGGAGCACUGGAUCCCUGAGCGUUGGAGAGGACAACAUGGAGAGACAAAGACAAGAGUUGCAGGAGGCCCAGAGGCGAGUACUAGAGCAGAGGGAGGCACUGAUGCUGCAGCAAAGGCAACGAGAAGACGAGAGGCGGAGACAGGACUUGGAGAUGGUGCAGAUGAGGAGACAAAAGGAGACAUUGCAAGCUCUGAUUAAUACCGAUGCACAACCAGUUUCUCGGCCUGAUGGUGAAACAGUCGUUUCGGAGAACAUUAAUCAGAACCGCCUCCAGUUACUUGCAUCCCUGCUCAAGGCCAUAGAGGAGUCUAAUGGAGGAACUUUAUCACACCUAGAGGACCCUCAAGAUCGCGACAGCUCCUCUGAACAACAUCCAUCCAACAGCAGUCAAACAGUUCAGAGUGAUGCUCCUGCCGGACCUGGCCUGACAUCAGUCCUCCACUCAGGACACCUCCACCCUCCACGAGCAGCAAAGCCCCCUGUGACACGCCUCAGGCUGGGCUUCUUGGAGAUGAUGACUGAACAGCACGAGCUCAGUGCUAUUCAAGAGGUGGAGACUCCGGUCGAUGCCAGCCAACUCGCAGCUGUAGGCCCAGACAAUGGUGUGACAGUUCCUUCACACAUUGAACGCUGGGAUCAGCAGGAGGAGUACGACUCCUCUAUGGCUUCUGACAGGACUCUGCAGACAACCUCGGAGUUCAGCAGUGGACAGAAGAUCUCUGAAAGAUUAUCCAGCUCAGGGACAAGUUCAGGGAGAUCCAGCCUCUGGAGAGAGAGACUGCUACUGACAGAGGCAGGAGCAUCUCCAGAAUCCUCCAUCUCUGAUUCAGUCCCAAGAAAAAAGUCCCCCCUUUCCUCAGACUCUGGGAGAGGAGCAGAUUUCUCUGGUCCUGCAGUGACGAGCUACAGAUCCCCCACAGAGUCUCCAAACAGGCCUCCUGGGUCUGACAGCUUCUCUUCUACUACCAUCUCCACCGGAAGCUACAUGACUACUGACCCAGAGCAGAAUGUAAACACCGGUGAGGAACAGCCGGAUAAAUCUCUCCUCCAUAAACGCACUGAUCAACAAGAAGGUGGAGCAGAUUUACAACACGUCUCCUGUCUGUCUGGUGAGAGCUUCUGUGUUAAGGAAAACUCAGCGACUGGCCCUCCUGGUCUGUCUGUGGACUCGAUGUUCAGUGACAGCAGUAUCCAACAAAUUAUAGACAAAUAUACACGGGAACUUGACCUCUCCCUCAGCUCUGCUGGGAAAACAGACAGUGAAGGCUCACAUAUGGAAGAACGCAGCGCUUCGGUCUCUCAGCAGUCUUUGUUUCGAGUCUUGGAGAGAAGAGGGGAGGAUGAAAGCUCUGCACGACGUCAGUCUCUUCUCUCAGACGCAGCAGGAACGGAGACGAGAGGCCUGGAAGUGCACAAUCAAGUGGAUCCCAAAGUGGGCGAGUUCUCUGCUGGAGCCUCAUUACUGGUUGACGAUCAUGAGCAGGAUUCUUUCCGGCCUCUGAUUGGUCAGCUGGCAGACCGGUCAUCCUGCCUCGUUACCGAGCAGAGGGAUUCGGCCCUGGAGCAGCUUGUUGGUCAUCCGUCAGCUCACUCAUCAAUGCUUGGUCACUCUCCGGGCCAGCUGUUCUCCCCAAGUGUGGGUCAAGAUGGAUGGGAUUCCACACUGAGUCGGAUGAUUGGUCGGCUCUCCCAUCAGUCCAGCUCUCACUGGUUGAGCGGCGGGCGAGACCUUUAUGCAGGUCAUAUGAUGGGUCGGAUGGAGACGCAGCAGUCGACCUCAUGGUUAGAUGAAGCUCCCGAUGAGAGCCAGAUGAGACCCCUGGUAGGAGAGCUGGACGAGUCUGCAGAACAGCACAGUGGAAGCUCAGUUAAAAGAAAUCGUGUGACUCUUGUUGUCUCAGCUGACAUCCGGGUCCCAUCAUAUCCAGCGCUGCCUCCCGAGGCCUCAUCACACAGUGCCUCUGUCCCAGCUAUGAGCCCACAUCCACAGGAUCCGACACAGCAGAAUCAAACCAGUUCAACAGACAUGGACUCAGGCAGAGCUGAAGAGUUUGCAGGUUCAGAUUCAUUCCACCCCCUUUUGGCAGAGGUCACCCAAAACGAAACAGCAGACCUCUCCAUCACCUUUCACCAGCCUGAGCACAGCGUGCACAAUUUUCCUGACGUGCAUCAAGCCACCAGGGAAUGCAGUGUUACCACACCUGUAGAGGUCAUUUCGAACUCUGAUCUUUCUUCUGUGGAGUCCGAGCCAUCACCAGAGCAUCUUCGAACGGAGGAGCCAAACCGCAGCCCCGCAGCUUCCUCCACCUUACAUGAAUCCUUCUCCCAGCUCAUUACCACCCAAUGCCAUCCCCAGGAGUCUGUUCUGAUAGUAUCUCCCACCGUGAGGGCAGAUGUUGAGCAAACAGCUGAGAUUCUGUCAAAUUUAUCCAUGGGUGAUGAGACACCUGCUUUGGGUGUGUCACGGGCAGAGGAAAGGCUUGGAGGCGCGGAUUCAAUCAGUGCCGAAGAGAUCAAGUGUGGUCACGGUCCAAAUCUGAGGAAUGUUUCUCCUGUCUCUGAUAAGAUACUGGAAGCAGCCAAAGAGAAGGGGAUCCUGGAGCAGUCUGAGAUCACACUGGUGAGCCUGACAGACUCUACACUGCAGGACCAGGAGUCCACCAGCUCAGAGGAAGAGGGAGCUUGGGUAAUCAAGAAUCCAGAUGGAAGGGGUGAGGAAGGGCAGAAAGGCCAAGAGAUGGAGGGUGCAGAAUCUACGUUGAUACCUGAGGAGACUCCAGAGUACGACAGCCAAACACAUCCAGUGACAGUCCUAGAGUUUCAGUGGGGUCUGUGCAGAGACCAGCCAGAUGUCAACCAGCAGAAACUUGCAGCUCUGCUCCAGAGAUCCAACCACAGGGUGAAGGAAAUCAAGGCCAAAGCUGCUCUUGCUAAAACUCAACGUGAGCUCCAAGUGCUACCAGAAGGAAGUGAGCAAGCUAAAGCGAACACAUGUCAACCAGUGACCUGUAACACAAAAACUAAACCAGAACCUCUACACAAGGCCAGUACAAAGUCAAAGGGAGAACAGGCCCCACAACAGAUGGAGGAAUCUGGUUUCAUCAAGCAGCAGAAACCCCCCCAGCUUCUUCCACCAGUGAGUGAUUCCGAACAGAAGAAGCUGGAUGACAUGAAGAUCUGCACGCUGGAGCAAAGGAGACGUAAUCUUUCCAAGAUGCACCAGAGAACUCAAAGGCUGUAUGAGCAGCUGGAGGAGGUGAAGCAUCGGAAAGCUUCGAAGAGUCGACAGGAAGAUUAUGCAAAAAACAGAUUGAAAGCUAAGGAGUUCCACAAGAAAACCUUACAGAAGCUUCGUGCCAAGCAGACCCAACAGUGAUCGACUUUGAUUGUGUCAUAGUUUACUUUGAAAAUUUUAUUUAUAGUUUUAUCAAUAAAGCAUUUUAAGUUAUUUGCACUCAAACUGAAUCAGAAAAUUUAUCAGAUAAAAUUAUGCAAAGUAAAAAUAUUUUGGCAAAUAA